AUGUCGAUGUCUGGCAUUGACUUGUCUGCAAACAUGCUGUCAGGAGAGAUUCCGAUUGAGAUGGGGAAUUUGAGCCACAUCAAGUCUCUCAACUUGUCGAACAAUUUCUUUACUGGCUCUAUCCCUGCAACCUUCGCAAACUUGAGCGAGAUUGAAAGCUUAGACCUAUCAGAAAAUAGGUUGAGUGGAUCAGUGCCAUGGCAGUUAACUCGGCUGUCAUCCCUAGCGGUGUUUUCUGUGGCAUACAACAAUUUAUCGGGGUGUCUACCAGCCAGCGGUCAGUUCAGCACAUUCGAUAUGGACAAUUACAAAGGGAACAACAACCUUAGAUCAUGCACUUCAACUUCAGGUCCCAUGGCACCAAAUGGUGUUGCAGGAAGUGUGGCUGAUGAUUCUGACCCGAUCCUUUACGUGGUCAGUGCCGUUUCAUUCGUCAUGGCAUUUUGGGCAACUGCCGCAUUCGUAUUUUGCCAUGCACUUGGACGGCGUGUUGUACUCAAACUGUAA